CUUUUAUUCUAAUCAAAGUACUUGGAAUAAUAUACUAGUCAUGUCUGCUCAACCUGUUGAUGGAAGGAUUUACUGCCUGCACACCAUAGUCCUCGGCAAUAAUGGUGUUGUGGACGUGACAGCCGCUGAGCCAGAAGGCGAUAUCAUUCUUAGGCAUGAGAGAGACGCUCCGACGCAGCAGUGGGAGGCACACAAGAUCAAUGCAGAGGAAUGGUCAUUUCGAGACCGCACAGGCAAUUAUCUUGCUGCUCCAAGCGCUGGCGCUAAUAACCAGCUGAGAGGGGCCGUCUGCAGUGAUCCAGGCCUGGACCCAAUGCUUCGAUGGCGACUGAACAGAGUCGGUUCUACAUUUGAGAUCCUCAAUGCGGCAUAUCCAGAUAUGGCCAUGGAUCUCUCCAAUGCUCGACCUGCAGAUGGAACGCCUAUCUUGCUUAAUAGGGAGCGAAAAGGUAGUGUCAACCAGCAGUGGCUAUUCAAAGCUUUGUAAGGGGUUCAGUGAGUUCAUGAUUUGGCACAGACAAAAUAAGCACUACUGCAUACUUAAUAUAAAAGGGAAAGCUCCAAUUGAUGCUCAAAAAUGACUACAUCAGGAUUUGGUCUGUGCUUUGAAAAGUGAUUUCCCUGGUUAUUCCUAUGUCAAUGUUGACACCAGUAUGACUAGUGAGAAGUGUUCCUCCUAAUUCUUCCAAUAUUUAUAAUAUACAAAACCC